AUGUCUUACGAUGACGAGCCCUUCGAUGACUGCGACGAGCCGUGCUAUGAUGACCAGUACUAUGAUGAGCCAGAUUGCGGCGACCCAUACUAUGAUGAGCCAGAUUACAGUGAUCCAUACUACGAUGGGCCGGAUUACAGUGACGCUUACUACGAUGGGCCGGAUUAUGGCGACCCUUACUAUGAAGGGCCAUAUUCCAAUGACGAGCACUACGAUGAGCCAGAUUGUGAAGACCCAUACUAUGAAGAACCAGCUUAUGAUCCAUCCAACUACCACCCAUUUUAUGGAGAAGAGUACUAUGAUCGACCGCCUUCUGGAGAUCAGUACUGUCAUGAGCCGUGUCCUGAUGACCGAUACUUCGAUGAGCCAUCUUUCGAGUAUCAGUACUCGGAAGAGCCACCCUUCGAUGAUCGGUCCUUCGAUGAUCGGUCCUUCGAUGAUCGGUCCUUCGAUGAUCGGUCCUUCGAUGAGCCACCCUCUAAUGAUCAAUACUCAGAUCAACCUUCCUUCGAUGACGACGAAUUCGAUGACGACAAGCUUGAUGGCGAAGACUUCGACGGCCCCCCUCACAAUAAUCAGCGGUACGAAGAACCUCCGCUCAAUGGGCCUUGCUCAGCUGGGCCACCGCCCCACCGCCAAAGCUACGCUUCCACUUACUCAAGGAGUCGCGAGCCGCCUGUGAAUGUCACACGUGUGAAUCAGGUGACUGUCAACGUUCAGCAUUUCCACAACCUGUCUGUUCACGUACACCCUGUCGCAAACACGACCUUUGCUGCCAGAACACCAGACUCUGAAAAUCAGCACCCCGGCAAUCAGCACCCCGGGAAUCAACAACCCAAGAAUCAGCGCCCCAAGAACCACCCCAAGGGCCAGUUCUCUCGUGAGCAGUACCGCAAGAAGCGACCAUCCACCAGGCAACCUGUCCAGAAACUGCUCUGCGACGGAAAUUCGGUUGAGAAAAGGUCCUCUGAUAAGAUGUCCUCUGAUAAGAUGUCCUCUGACAAGAUGUUCUACGACAAGACGUCCUCUGACACGAUGUCCUCCGACAAGAUGUCUUCUGAAAAUAUGUCCUCUGAAAAAGCGUCUUCUGACAAGAUGUCCUCUGAAAGAAUGCGCUCAGACGACGCAAUCACCGAUAACAUGCCCUCCCACGAGAAGUCCAAUGAAGCAGCUUUGGACGAAAAGGCCACCGAUAAACAAGCCUCGAGCCCCUCCUCUGCUUCUACCCAUCCUUCUUCCUCCGACUCAUCUCCAAUGUCUCUCCAGUCCAGUCGAGGUAGCCCUCCUUCAAAUCCGGAAACAGAUACUUUACUAAUACAGCAAGCAGACCCCAUCUCUCAGUUCCGCACUGAUAUUCUCGACUGGUCUCUACGUAACAAAAUAUCAUCCGAGACUUUCGCCCGACUGUGUGAUAUCCUUCGUGUCGUCGACAGCCCUGAAACCAAAUCACUGCCGAACAGAGCGGAUAUCUUCAUGAAGAAGGAGGAUAAAAGAAUGAGAUCGGACAGUCGGGGUAGCCAGUCGUCUGCUGAGUUGAAGUGA